AUGGCGGCUAAGGUGGGUGAGCUGGGAACACCUCGGAGAACUUUUCUUUAUAUAAUACCCACUGGUGCAAUUGAUUCCAUCACAGGGGAGGAGAUACCAAGGGAGGAGGAAAGAGGACAGGUGUAUCCUCUUCGUGUGAAUCCUGAGAAACUCCCAUAUGAUCUGGUAACGCCCAUUGCACAAAUUUUGGGAAAGGAUUCCUGCUCUACCUGGGGUGGAGGGCAUUUCUCAACCUUUGAUAAAUACCAGUAUGACUUCACGGGCACCUGCAACUAUAUCUUUGCUACCGUAUGCGACGAAACCAGCCCAGACUUCAACAUUCAGUUCCGCCGCGGGCUGAACAAAAAAAUUGCAAGGAUCAUUAUUGAGCUGGGACCUUCUGUCAUCACGGUUGAGAAAGGCAGCAUUUCAGUCAGAAGCGUUGGUAUCAUUAAGUUGCCUUAUACGAGCAAUGGAAUUCAAAUAGCACCUUUUGGACGCAACAUCCGUUUGGUGGCCAAGAUGAUGGAGAUGGAGCUAGUUGUCAUGUGGAACAAUGAUGAUUAUCUUAUGGUUUUGACUGAGAAAAAAUACAUGGGGAAAACCUGUGGAAUGUGUGGAAAUUAUGAUGGCCAAGGACUGAAUGACUUUAUGAAUGAAGGUAAAUUGCUGGAUACAUACAAAUUUGCUGCAUUACAAAAAAUGGAUGAUCCAUCAGAGAUCUGCCUAUCUGAGGAGAUAUCUAUUUCUGCCAUUCGUCACAAAAAAUACGUCAUGAUCUGCUCCCAGCUACUCAACCUUGUGUCACCAACCUGCAGUGUGCCAAAGGAGGGGUUUAUUGUUCGUUGCCAGCUUGAUAUGCAGGACUGCAGCGAGCCAGGACAAAACAACUGCACUUGUUCUACGCUAUCAGAGUAUUCAAGGCAAUGUGCUAUGUCCCACCAAAUGGUGUUCAACUGGAGGAAUGAAAACUUCUGCUCUGUGGGAAAAUGUUCUGGUAACCAGAUCUAUGAGGAAUGUGGUUCUCCAUGUAUUAAAACCUGUUCCAACCCAGAGUACAGCUGUUCCAGUCACUGCACCUAUGGUUGCUUUUGUCCAGAAGGGACUGUUCUUGAUGACAUCUCAAAGAAUCGAACAUGUGUUCACAUUAAGCAGUGCCCAUGCUCACUCAAUGGGAAAGUAUAUGCUCCUGGUGAAACAAUGAAAGCAGCAUGUAGAACCUGCCAAUGUACAAUGGGUCAGUGGAACUGCAUAGAAUUGCCUUGCCCUGGAAGGUGUUCCCUCGAAGGAGGCUCCUUUGUUACCACUUUUGAUUCUAGGUCCUACAGGUUCCAUGGAGUUUGCACUUAUAUUCUUAUGAAGAGUUCCAGCCUGCCACACAGGGGAACCCUAAUGGCUGUAUAUGGGAAGUCUGGUUACUCUCAUUCUGAGACGUCACUUACUGCUAUAAUUUAUUUGUCUACAAAGGACAAAAUCGUGAUUUCUCAAAAUGAACUCCUUACUGACGAUGAUGAACUUAAGCGGCUACCUUACAGAUCAGGCGACAUCACUAUUUUCAAACAGUCCUCAGUCUACAUACAAAUGCACACAACCUUUGGGCUCGAGCUUGUGGUUCAAACAUCGCCUGUGUUCCAGGCCUAUGUGAAAGUUGGACCACAAUUCAAAGGCAGGACUCUAGGUUUGUGUGGCAAUUACAAUGGCGACACUACAGAUGACUUCAUGACCAGCAUGAAUAUCAAUGAAGGGACAGCUUCCCUGUUUGUAGAUUCCUGGAGGGCAGGAAAUUGCCAGCCUGCUUUAGAGAGAGAUACUGACCCCUGUGCUAUGAGCCAACUGAACAAAAUAUCUGCUGAGACUCAUUGCUCUAUUCUUACGAAGAAGGGUACAGUGUUUGAAAAAUGCCAUGCUGUGGUGAACCCUAUUCCUUUCUAUAAGAGAUGUGUCUACCAAGCCUGUAAUUAUGAAGAAACCUUUCCCUAUAUUUGUUCCGCUCUUGGAUCAUAUGCACGAACAUGUAGUUCCAUGGGUUUAAUCCUUGAAAACUGGAGAAACAGUAUGGACAACUGCACUAUUACUUGUACUGGCAAUCAGACAUUCAGCUACAACGCCCAGGCAUGUGACAGGACAUGCUUAUCUCUCUCCAACCGAGCCCUGGAAUGUCAUCCAACUGACAUCCCCAUUGAAGGCUGCCAUUGUCCUAAAGGAACGUACUUGAACCACAAAAAUGAAUGUGUUCGUAAAUCUCAUUGUCCCUGCUAUUUAGAAGAUAGAAAAUACAUUUUACCUGACCAGUCAACAAUAACUGGUGGGAUUACCUGCUACUGUGUUAAUGGGAGGCUAAGUUGCACUGGCAAACCUCAAAAUCCUGCAGAAAGCUGCAAAGCUCCUAAGAAAUAUGUAUCAUGUUCUGACAGUUUAGAAAACAAGUAUGGAGCUACAUGUGCCCCUACCUGUCAAAUGUUAGCCACUGGAAUUGAAUGUGUACCUACUAGGUGUGAAUCAGGCUGUGUCUGUACUAAUGGGCUGUAUGAGAAUCUUGAUGGCGGGUGUGUACCAGCUGACGAGUGUCCCUGUGAAUAUGGUGGUCUUGCUUACGGAAAAGAUGAGCAGAUCCAAACCGAAUGUGAGAUCUGCACUUGCACAAGAGGCAAAUGGAAAUGUGUUCAAAAAUCCAGGUGUUCCUCAACAUGUAAUCUUUAUGGAGAAGGUCACAUUACUACCUUUGAUGGGCAGCGCUUCGUGUUUGACGGCAACUGUGAAUACAUACUAGCUAUGGAUGGCUGCAGUGUUAAUAAACCUGUUUCCUCCUUUAAAAUUGUUACUGAGAAUGUCAUCUGUGGGAAAUCAGGGGUUACCUGCUCCAGAUCAAUCAGCAUUUUCCUUGGGAACUUGACAUUCAUACUGCGAGAUAAAACCUUCUCUGUUUCUGGGGAAAAUCCUCUUGUGCAAUAUAAAGUGAAAAAAAAUGUCCUUCACCUGAUGUUCGAUAUUGUUAUCCCAGGAAAAUACAACAUGACCCUUAUCUGGAACAAGCACAUGAACUUUUUCAUCAAGAUCUCCAGAGAAACACAGGAAACUAUCUGUGGUUUGUGUGGGAACUACAAUGGCAAUAUGAAAGAUGAUUUUGAAACCCGAAGCAAGUAUGUAGCAUCAAAUGAAUUGGAGUUUGUCAAUUCUUGGAAAGAAAAUCCACUCUGUGGGGAUGUAUACUUUGUGGUGGACCCCUGUAGCAAGAACCCUUACCGUAAAGCCUGGGCAGAAAGGACAUGUUCCAUCAUUAACAGCCAAGUUUUUUCUGCCUGCCACAAUAAGGUAAACCGUAUACCCUAUUAUGAGGCCUGUGUCCGAGACUCUUGUGGUUGUGACAUUGGAGGAGAUUGUGAGUGCAUGUGUGAUGCCAUUGCGGUGUAUGCCAUGGCAUGCUUAGAUAAAGGCCUCUGCAUUGACUGGAGGACACCGGAGUUCUGCCCUGUCUAUUGUGACUACUACAAUUCACAUACAAAAUCAGGAAGUGUGGAUUCUUAUUCUUAUGACUACAGCAGUGACAACUGCACCUGGCACUACAGGCCAUGUAACUGUCCAAAUCAAAACUACAAAUACGUCAACAUUGAAGGCUGUUACAACUGCUCUCAUGAUGAAUACUUUGACCACGAGAAGGGACAGUGCAUGCCAUGCUCUACUUCAGUCCCAACAUCAAUGACUACCUUGCCAACAGCACCAACUACUUCUGCAGCUAUUAUAUCAACAGAAACCACUAUUCCAACAAUAACUUCAAAAAUCACUAUUACAAGAACUUCAUCAGCAUUACCGCUUGUUACAACAAAGUCAACAACAGAACAGACAACAUCAGUUUUUGUCACACCAGCUGUGACCACAGAAAUUGCUACGCCUUCUGUAACUCCCUCAACAGAGAGAGCCAUGACCACGAAACUGCAGCCUACAUCUACUGCCUCAUCAACCAUUCCAUCAACAGAGACAGAAAAAACAAAGUUUACCACACUGCCCAUCACGACCACUAUCAGAAGAGAAACAACCACAUCAGUACCCACUCAUGCUACCUCUCAUGUCACAACUUUCACCAAACCGAAGUUAACAACACUAGACUCAGAAGGCCCCAUUUCCACCUUUCUUGUCAUGGCCCCUCAGCGAGGGCUUAGUGCAGGGUCAACUGCUUGCCUUACGUGCACAUCUUUCCCAGCAGCUGUCACCUAUGAAAAGGCAAGUGUGCCACACACGGUCACCUGGAAAACCACCCCAGCCACAUCCACCUCCAGGACCUCCAAGAUCUCUGUGUCCACAGCAACGAGCCCCGAAGUGCUGCUGACAACAACAACUCAGGUCCCCAGCACCCCACGCAGCACCUCGGCCUCCAGCACACCGCUCAGCACCCACGCGCCAUUUGCCGCCCCCUCCACAGUCUCCACCAAGGCUCCCACAACAACUAGGCCAAAGCCCACACCUACCACGCUAGCGUCCACAGCCUCUCCCUCCACAACCAGUGUUUCUACAGAGACGCUGCCAGCUGUGUCCUCUGCAACCACCACAAUCAAAACGAGCCCCCUGUCAACGUCUGCUUCUUCUCCAUCCUCUACUCUGUCCUCAACAUCACUAAGCCCAUCACAUCCCGUUGUUCUCUUUUUCCCCUGUGCCUUUGGUAUUGGGACUCCUUGGACCUGGAAGGGUUCGGACCCAACCAGCACAUUGUCCCUAACUGUAUCCUCUGCUCUUGACCCUUCAGAGGUUUGUCCGGAGACAUAA